AUGAUGGAUGAAAGAGAAGAUUUGGUUGAAGAUCUGCUCACCGAGUAUGCCAUACAGCUUAGCAUUCAAGAAUCAAGUGGGGCCAAACCACCAGUGUCUUCCAGCUAUAAUGACAGUUUUGUACCACCUAGUGAGGAAAACAGGAAAAUUGUAACAUCCAUAAAGCAAGGUCAAGUAUUUGGGCUCCAAGAACUUGUGAAACACAAAUAUGCUUUGGAUGAAGCUGAUGAAAGAGGGUGGUUUCCACUGCACGAGGCUGCAGCUCAGCCAAUUCAGCAAAUACUUGAAAUCAUUUUAGACGCGUCUUAUAAAACAAUGUGGGAAUACAAAACAGGCGACGGAGAGACACCGUUAACUUUGGCAGCAACAGCUGGCUUCGUGGAAAAUGUACGAACGUUACUGGAAAAGGGUGUUUGGCCCAAUACCACCAACGACAAAGGAGAAACUCCACUUCUUAUUGCUGUAAGAAGGGGCUCUUUUGAAAUGGUAUCCACUCUGAUUAAGCACAACUGUAGUAUCCACCAGCCGUGCGUAAAACGUUGGUCAGCAAUGCAUGAAGCCGCAAAACAGGGGCGCAAGGACAUCAUUGCUCUUCUUCUGAAGAACGGCGGAAAUGUGAACCUUAAAGAUGGAUAUGGAGUAACACCGUUAGGUGUUGCUGCCGAAUAUGGUCACUGUGAUGUGCUGGAGCAUCUUAUUCAUAAAGGUGGAGAUGUCCAGGCCUUAGCAGAUGAUGGUGCAUCCAUACUGUUUGAAGCAGCUGGAGGAGGUAAUCCGGACUGCAUAGCCCUCCUUUUGGAAUACGGAGGAAGUGGCAACAUGCCUAAUAAGGCAGGAUUGCUUCCUAUACACAAAGCGGCUUAUGAGGGACAUUACCUGGUCUUGAAAUACCUCAUUCUGGUAACAUCCCAAACCGCAAUCCAGAAAAGUGGGUUAAGCCCUGUUCACUCAGCAGCAGAUGGCCAGAAUUCGCAGUGCCUAGAGCUCCUCAUUGACAGUGGCUUUGAUGUCAAUACCCUCUUGGCUGAACACAUCUCAGAUAGUUAUGAUGACGAGAGGAAAACCGCACUUUAUUUCGCUGUUUCUAACAAUGACAUUCUUUGCACUGAAAUAUUGCUCAAAGCGGGAGCGGAUCCAAACAAGGAUCCUUUAAACUGUCUUCUUGUGGCAGUGAGAGCUGGUAACCAUGAAAUUGUAAGGCUGCUCUUAUCUUACGGAGCAAAUGUCAAUUGCUACUUUAUGCUGGUUAAUGAUACCCAUUUUCCCAGCGCCAUUCAGUACGCUUUGAGUGAUGAGGUGAUGCUGAGGCUGUUGCUCAAUCAUGGAUAUAACGUGGAGAUGUGUUUUGACUGUAUGCAUCAGGAUAUCUUUGGAAAUUCUUUUGUCUGGUCAACUCCAGAGGAAGAGAUUCUCCCCGGGUGGACUUCUUCUGUAAUAAAGGAUAAUCCAUUCUGUGACUUUAUUGCUGUCCCUUGGUUGAAGCAUUUAGCAGGGAAAGUGGUUCGUGUGUUAAUAGAUUACAUGGAUUAUGUUCCUCUAUGCACAAAAAUCAAGGUUGUCUUAGAAACACAGAAAGAGUGGACAGAGAUACGUCAGAUACUGGAUAAUCCUCGCCCUUUGAAACAUCUGUGUCGUCUGAAAAUACGUAAACUCUUGGGGUCAAGGAAACUCCAGAAACUGUCAUCCAUGAAGAAGUUUCCACUUCCACCAGUUCUCAAGAAUUAUAUCCUAUAUAAAGAAUAUGAUCUAUAUGGAAAAGGGAUACAUUUAGAAUAG